AUGUCGUCGCAACAUUCUCAGGUGCCCGAGGAGGACGAGCAAGCCUCGCAUGGGCUGCCGACCCCCGUCACUGCUCUCAUUGUCAGUGGUCAAGACCACAGGCGCACAGCACCUUUACACUUCAUGAACAAUCUACUCAUACCGUUCAAUCUAUCUUACUUUAAACCCCCUUCAGGCUCAUGGUAUCUCGGCCAAGGACUGUGACAAGUUGAAGGACGCAGGCUACAACACACUCGAGUCGAUCGCCUACACGCCCAAAAAGAUGCUGCAGCUCGUCAAGGGGAUUUCAGAAGCCAAGGCAGAGAAGAUGCUCAAACUGGGUUCGUGAUAGUUCUAAAGCUGCCGGUGUAGACCGCCGAGAGUGCUAUGUCCUUGGGGGCCGUGAACUUUUGACGUUGUGCACGCCCUAACCUUCCAAACAUUCGCCAUCGUCAGCGUGCGACCAGAUCCCCAUGGGCUUCACGACCGCAACCGAGUUGUAAGCCUGUUAUAUUGGUGGGAGCUUGACACUGGUAACAUAACAUUCGACUGAUACCCCAACAAAUGUCUCCACGCAACGUCAACAGCCACGCCCGACGCGCCGAUAUGGUCACGAUCACCACGGGCUCGACCGCGCUCGACAAUGUUCUUGGAGGUAAGCGACAGGCACCGCAGUCGAACCCGAUGACGAACUGGAAGGGUCGGGCUGAUCAUACUGACCCUUAUCUUCCGCACAUAGGCGGUAUCGAGACGGGCUCGAUCACCGAGCUCUACGGCGAAUUUAGGACGGGAAAGAGCCAGAUCUGUCAUCAGCUCGCGGUCACGUGCCAGGUGAGCUUGACGUCGCUGUCCUGCCAACAAGGCUACGUCUGGUCUAGUUACUGAUCCUCGUGUCACCUUUUCCUGAUAGCUUCCUUGCGAUAUGAAGGGUGGUGAGGGCAAAUGCCUGUACAUUGACACCGAGGGCACGUUCCGACCAGCGCGUCUGCUCGCGAUCGCCGAGCGCUACGGCAUGAACGGCGAGGAUGUGCUCGACAACGUCGCCUACGCCCGUGCGUACAACGCCGAUCACCAAGCAUUGCUGCUCAUUCAAGCGGGUAGCAUGAUGGCUCAAUCUCGGUCAGUCGAGCCCGAUUCUCAAUCGACGCUGCGAUCACGUGAUGGCUGACCGCCGUUUACUCGUUGGCGCAGUUUCUCGCUCAUGAUCGUCGACUCGGUCACGGCCCUGUACCGCACCGAUUUCAGUGGUCGAGGCGAACUCAGUGCUCGUCAGAUGCAUCUCGCCAAGUUCUUACGCUCCCUUCUCAGGCUUGCCGAUGAAGUGAGCUCUAGCUUCUGUAGCGCGUGUCCUGACUAGGUGACUCAAUGCUCACACUCUUCACGUUCGGUCUCAUAGUUCGGUAUCGCGGUCGUCGUGACGAACCAAGUCGUCGCCUCGGUCGACAAUGCCCCGGGUGUGCAAGGUGAUCAAAAGAAACCCAUCGGUGGGAACAUCAUGGCCCACGCGAGUACGACGCGUCUCUCGUUACGCAAAGGUCGUGGUCCCGAACGUAUCGCCAAGAUCGUCGAUUCGCCUUGCUUACCCGAAUGCGAUGGCAAAUUCCAAAUCACCGCUUCGGGGAUCUCCGACGUCGAUGGGAAUGACGACGAUUAG